AUGCCGUCUUUACCAGCCUCCGUCGACCUGGACGAGUGCAUCUCGCGCCUCUAUAAGAAAGAACUGCUGGCCGAGUCCGUCAUCGAGGCAGUAUGUGCCAAGACAAAGGAGCUUCUCAUGCGCGAGAGCAACGUGGUGCACGUCAAGGCCCCAAUCACCGUUGUCGGCGACAUCCACGGCCAGUUCUACGACCUCAUUGAGAUAUUCAAAAUCGGCGGCUACUGCCCUGACACAAACUACCUUUUCCUAGGCGAUUAUGUCGACCGCGGCAUGUUCAGCGUAGAGACGAUAUCGCUGCUCGUGUGCCUCAAAUUACGAUACCCCGAACGUGUACACCUGAUCCGCGGCAACCACGAGUCGCGCGGCGUCACCCAAUCCUAUGGAUUCUACACCGAAUGCUCACGCAAAUACGGCAAUGCCAAUGUAUGGCAUUAUUUCACAGACAUGUUUGACUUUUUGACGCUGAGCGUCGUCAUCGACAACCAGAUCUUCUGCGUACACGGAGGUCUCUCCCCUUCCAUUCACUCCAUCGACCAGAUCAAAAUCAUAGACCGAUUCCGAGAAAUUCCCCACGAGGGCCCCAUGGCUGAUCUCGUCUGGUCUGAUCCAGAUCCCGACCGAGACGAAUUCUCCCUCUCCCCGCGAGGCGCGGGAUAUACCUUUGGCGCACAAGUCGUCAAGAAGUUCCUGGCCGUAAACAACAUGUCUCACAUCCUCCGGGCCCACCAGCUCUGCCAGGAAGGAUACCAGGUGCUCUACGACGAUCGUCUGAGCACCGUCUGGAGCGCCCCUAAUUACUGCUACAGAUGUGGCAACAUGGCCAGCGUGUUGGAGGUCAAUACGCAAGGCGAGAGAUUCUUCAACGUCUUUGCUGCGGCCCCCGAGAAUGACCAGCACAAGGAUAUGCAGCAGGGGCUCGAGAAAGCCGCGGAUGGAAAUUCGCUACCCGACUACUUCUUAUAA